AUGUUCAAGCCGAUAUUUACGGAUUAUGGUCUCUGUUUCGCAUUCAAUAGUCUACCUUUGAAUGCUAUGAAUAACGAUACGCAGUACUGGCAUAAGACAUUUGAUAAAAACGUAACACAACAGCCUUUAAAUUGGAGCUUGGACGGUGGAUAUCCUAAGGUAUUCCCACCAGACCCUACAAUGAUACCAUUAAGAGUCAUGGCAUCUGGAGAAAUCCAUGGUUUAGGUGUUGAACUAUAUCUAAACAGUAGUGAACAUCAAUACGAAUGCGAUGGUAACAACCUUGGCUACAAUGUGCUUAUUAGUUCACCAACGGAUCACGUGUACGUCAGUACGGUCCUUCGGUUACCAAUGAAUAAAAUGACAACAAUCGAAGUAUCACCGACGACUUACAAGACGGACAAUGCUCUACGAGCUCUAGCGCCCUAUAUAAGGCAAUGCUUCUUUCAAGACGAAAACAAGUUGAAUUACUAUGAAUUCUAUACGGACAGUAACUGUAAACAUGAUUUAUGGAUUCGUGAGGUUAAGAAGAAAUGUCAUUGCGUUCUAUAUAAUUGGCCAAGACUUUAUAUUUGGGAGUCGAUUUGUUCAACUAAAUCAGAUUUUCGUUGCAUCGAAGAAGUUAGAGCAAAAGUAGAAGAGCAAUUAACUUACGCAUAUUAUGAAGACAGCCAAGAGGACAGGAAAGCGCAGACUGAAUUCGCGUCCUGCUACCCCGCCUGUAACGACAUUUUGUACUCCAGUCAAGUCUUCUAUUCAGAUCUCAUUAGCGUGCCGAGAAUUUCGAAAUCAGACUUCCGGUUUAAACAGGGUGAAGUUACUCGUAUUAACGUUCAUUUUUAUGACGACAUAUUUUUGGGACAGCAUCGUCACACACAAUAUGAUGAUUAUUAUUUUGCGGGUGCAAUCGGAGGUCUGCUGAGUCUCUUCCUCGGGUUCAGUAUAAUCAGCGUCGCAGAAUUGGUCUACUUCGCACUUCUGAAGCCAGUUCAUAUAGCGUUAAAGGAAAUUUUUAAAUCCUUUUAA